AAUGAACGUAAAGGCUACACACAAUGAUUUGCUCUUUUUUUUCAGUUAACGAUUUUAUUCAUUUCCACCGACCAAAGAGCUCAGGGAGUUAUACUGAACCAAAUGGCUCGCGUUGUUUGUUAGCAAGCGAAUUGUGAGCAGCAAAUCAUUGUUCCUCGAUAGCUGUUGAGCUAGCCAGUCUGCUAACGUUUCGCAUUUGUGUUAGCUACAGACAGAAGCAAUGCCCAGUCUCCCCACCAUGAAACUGGUUCGCCUCCUGUGUCGUCACAAGACGGCUCUGGCAAUUGCAGGAGUCUGCCUAUUUGCUGUUGUCGUCCUCUUCCUCGCCAAGUGUACCUCCGAGACCCUGAAACAGGGCCAGGUUGACCCGCCAGGCCUAGCACCCCACGCUGCCCACUCCCGGCCCAGAGCAGAGCAUCCCAAGCCCCCCUCACGCCCCAAAGACCUCUCAGCCUUCCUUGUGGUCCUCAUCACCACAGGACCCAAGUACACAGAGCGGCGGAGCAUUAUCCGCAGCACAUGGCUGACUAAGAAGGACCCGGAGGUUCUAGCUAUGUUUGUGGUGGGAACAGAGGGUCUACCGGCCGAGGAUAUGCAGAACCUCAACACAGAGCAGGGCCGACACAAAGACCUGCUCUUACUCCCCGAGCUGCGGGACUCGUAUGAGAACCUGACCCUGAAGCUGCUGCACAUGUACUCCUGGCUGGAUCACAAUGUAGACUUUAAGUUUGUUUUAAAAGCAGAUGACGACACCUUCGCUCGCCUGGACCUGCUGAAGGAGGAGCUGAAGACUAAAGAACCCAGCCGGCUGUACUGGGGGUUCUUCUCAGGCUGCGGUCGUGUCAAAACUGCAGAGAAGUGGAGGGAGUCGGCUUGGGAGCUGUGUGACUACUACCUACCCUACGCCCUGGGUGGAGGCUAUCUGCUCUCCUGCGACCUAAUCCACUACGUGCGCAUCAACGCUGCCUUCCUCAAGGUGUGGCAGAGCGAGGACGUGUCGCUCGGGGCUUGGCUGGCCCCCGUGGAUGUCAAACGGACGCACGAUCCACGCUUCGACACGGAGUUCAAGUCAAGGGGCUGUAGUAAUAAGUACCUGGUGACCCACAAGCAGAGCCUGGAGGAUAUGUUAGAGAAACAGCAGACACUGCAGAGAGAUGGGAGGUUGUGUAAAGAAGAGGUUAAACUCAGACUGAGUUAUGUAUACGACUGGAGCGUCCCGCCAUCCCAGUGCUGCCAGAGGAAGGAUGGAGUACCCUGAUAACCCCUGACCCUGUCCAUCCUCACCAAUGUUUCCCCAGGCAGUAUGGUGUACUCCCUCAGCCUUGCUCUGCCGUCGUCCCCCACCUCCCCUCUUGUUCUGUUGCCCCUCCUCAACUAAAACAUUUGUU